GCCUCUCCAACACUGUUGUUUUUAUUAGUUUGAUUGAUAAAGGAUGUCGACCCUGAGGCGAACGUCCCAUCAUCACUCCUGUCUGGUGCCAUCCUGACGAAAAAGUACCACGUCAUCAACCUAUUGAUUUACAGCAAUGACGUAUGACCUCACGUUGUCUCACCUGAUUAAAAGCAUCCCUCCUGAAGACAGUGUCAACAGCAGAGCUUUGGGUCACAGAGACGUGAGCUGAGAGCAUCGCUUCAGGACCAUGGACAGAAUUCCCUUGGUGAACCUUCUUCCCACACUUGUGGCUCUUUUACUCCUGCAGGGUGUGGUCAGCGCACAGUCAAGGAGCGUUGUGAGCAGCGGCAACCAGCUUUUGCAGUCAAAGGAUGACUCCAACAUCCAAAACAGAAUUCUUGCUUUCUUGCUGCAUAAAAACAGGGUUCCAGUCCAAGAUGAUGUGAUAGAAAUUGAGAUGGCCAGCAGGAUCACAGAGCUCCAGGAGCUGGACGCCAUCAGAGAAGCACUGAACUUAGAGAGGCAGCUGAGCUCCCGAGCAAUGGACAGAGCGAGCUCUCAGCCUGCUAAAAGGAGUGAUGCCUGUUUUUGGAAGUACUGUGUAUGAGGACCUCAUUCAAAUGAAUAAAACAAAUCAAUUGCCUUAAGAUCCACCACAAUGACAACAGGGACACUGAACUCCAUUAGAAGAUUCGAUAGAAGAUCUGCUGGGAGAUCCAUUAGGAGAAUCAUGCCAUUUCAUGAGUAGUAUAUAACCAUUUCAUUGUGUUUUGGAGUUGUAUCGAUGUAUAAAAUGAAUAUAGAAUGUAUAAAUCUUGUAUCUAUAUUGUAUCAUAUCACUAAUUUAA